AUGUCACCUGAGGAUAAAUUUGUACUGGAAGAAUUCAAGAAUUCCAUCAAUAUGGUUGAAGGACGAUAUGAGGUAUCUCUCCCCUGGAAAGUUGAUAAGAAACAACUCCCUACCAACUUAGCACUCUCGAGGAAAAGACUGAACAGUACUAUUCACAAGCUGAAACAGACUAAUAAGUAUCUGGAAAUUUAUGACCAGAUCAUCAAAGAACAACUGUCUCUCGGCUUCAUUGAAACAGUGCCAGAAGAAGACCAAAACCGGACAAAUGUCCAUUAUUUACCCCAUUUACCUGUGAUUAAGGAUUCAACUACAACGCCCAUUUGUAUUGUAUUUGAUGCAAGUGCCCGGAUGGACAAGCAGGCCCCUAGCAGAAUGAUUGCUUAUACUCUGGCCCAUCCUUGA